CCGAACAAGCCGGGUGCCGUUCUCCGCGUGACACACCGUAACGGCCGUCGUAGGAAAGCCUCGCGGAAGUGCGGGCGCGUGCGCGCGUUAACCGGGAAGUAUCUGCCUACGUCGCUCUUGCCGCGAGCGGUAAGCGUCGAAUUUCGCGAUGUCCCGACGAUGGUGCGCCUAGGAACCGUCGGGUCGUCACGCGAUCGUGGGACAUAGUGUUGAGCGGUAUCGAUUCCGCGCCGCCGCGAGCGAAUACGCGGCAGAGAGGAGGUCGGUUGGAGAGCGCGAGAGAUCGCGCCCGGGGAAAAGCCUCAGAAUCGUCCUCUCGGGCAUGGGGGCGAGCGUCGUCGAGUACGCGGCUUCGCGCCCGGUCAGGAUCGUCCGCGGCGCGCGGUGAUCGCGUCAUCAUCGUCAUUUUCAUCGUCAUCGUCAUCGUCAUCAUCGUCGUCGUCGUCGUCGUCGUCGUCGUCAUCAUCAUCAUCAUCAUCAUCGUCGUCGUCGGAGAUAUACCCGGCGUCGCGAGUGCCGUUAACGUCAAGGAGCAGCGGACGACAUGUCGCUUCCCCGCGGCGUCGGCCUCGGCGUCGACGUGGGUCAACUGAUGCAGCACCAGCAGCAGCAACAGCAGCAUCACGUGCUACCGGCCGCGUUCUUCCUGCGCGCCAGUGCCGAGAGAUAUCAGCGGACCCCCAAGUGCGCGCGCUGUCGUAAUCACGGAGUCGUGUCCGCGCUUAAGGGGCACAAACGUUAUUGCCGAUGGCGGGAUUGCGUGUGUGCCAAGUGCACCCUCAUCGCCGAGAGGCAACGCGUCAUGGCUGCUCAGGUCGCGCUCAGACGGCAGCAGGCCCAGGAGGAGAGCGAGGCGCGCGAGCUGGGCCUGCAAUUGCAAUACAAUACCGGCAGCUGCACCACCGCUCCGGUUCUACCGGCGGCCGCCGGCGCGACGCCAGCUGGUAGCCCGCCCCCGCACCCGGCGCACGUAGCGAGUCCGGCGGGCCUCGGGAUACCCGCGGCGGCCGCGGCCGCCGCCGCCGCCGCCGCCGUGCACAUCCAGACGCAGCUUCAGCAUCAACCGGCCGAGUGCGGCCUUUUGCCGAGGAAGAGGUCCACCCAGGACGAGUACCGGCAGCCCAAGGUCGAGAAGAGCGACCCCGUCGUCGGAUCGAAGCGAUCCAGAGUCUCCGAGAGCACGACGGCAACGAUCCUGUCGACCAGCGAUAUCAACGAGGACGAUCGUGAUUCCGACUCUGGUGGCGAGCUGCGAGUCGAUCAUUCAUUAGUGGUACCGACUUCGUCGGGGAUACCAGAGUCCGGCGAGGCGACGCUGAGGAAGCGCACCAGCAGUCUCAAUGACUCCGAGGAUGGUAGCCCCGAACCGGGCUCGCAGAGUCCGACGCACACGCCGCCGUUGACACCGGCCUUGACGCCGCAAAGGGAGGACACACCGGCGCCGGAAAACCUCAGCUUACGCAAGAGCGACAGCCCCCCGCAGCAGACGCACCAGACGUCCCUACAACCGGUGGAUCUGGUACAACCUAGGCCCAGUCCCCCGCUUCCUCCGUUAGCUGCCGCAGCGACGGUGCACUUUCCUCCGUACGCGCCUCUCUACGGACCGACGGCGAGCCCGUUGGCGUAUUGCACGCCGGCUCUGUAUCAGCAUCAGCAUCACCAUCACAUACCCGAGCCGCGAGAGAUUCAGAUGCAGAUGCAGAUGCAGAAUCUCCAGCAGACCUGCGGAUUGCAAUUACAACAACAGCAACAGCAACAACAGCAGCAGCAGCAACGUUCGCCGGUGGACGUCCUGCUGAGAGUAUUCCCAGGAAGACGUCGCGCCGACGUCGAAGCGCUUCUCCAUCGAUGCAAAGGCGACGUGGUGUCCGCUAUGGAGGUGCUGGUCUGCGAGGACAGCCUGCAGCCCAAGUCGGCGUUCUCGCCGCUGGCGGGCGCCCUGGCGUCGGCCGCCGCGGCGUCCGCCGCCUCCGUCUCGGCGUACGCGAGCCGCGCCGCUUACUGCACCACCCCGAUACCGUCGACGCGGCACCGCUUCCUGGCCGCGCCGUACACCGGCACCGGCUACCUGCCCACCGUCAUCAAGCCGCCUAACCAGAGCCUGCACGCCAACGGCACCGCCGGUGAUGCCUACCGGGAGACCAGUCCCGACGACGCCAGCGACAAGACCAGCUACUCCGAGUGACCGGACGAAAGCCAUGCCGCCGUCUGGUCGUAUCCCUCGAUCGUCCCAUAACGGACGACGACGCGUGUUCCUGCCGGAUAACGAUGGCUGCCCGAUGAGGGAGGCUUCGACGUGGUCCGGUCUCUGUGCGUUCAUCCAAGUAUGAGCGAGAGAUUAUUUCAAAUCCUAUAAUCGCGACGACAAUAAUGCGCGAUCGUGAAGGUUUCACGUUCGAUCGGAAAUUAUACACUGGCGGAAUCGACAAUCCUUCUAUCGAGAAAGCAACUGCUCGGAAUAAUCGAUCGGCGAAAGACUCUGAAUAUUCCGAGGAUAAUGCCCCUGUAAUUUCUGAAUACGCGGAACAGAAUAUAUCUACGAGGCAAGACGGAGAUUCUUUUCCGAUCCCUUGGACUGGACAUCGUUUUUAAUCAUCUUUACACGGAGGAUAAAUUUAGUGACUGACCGUCCUUUCGCUAGCAGGAAUAUACGUAAUUUCGAUCGUUAGCAAAAUAUGUGUCGCGGAGAGAAGUUCUAACUCCGAAAGGAAGAUUAUGACUUCGAGAGAGUCAGAUAAGUUGUCGUCUCGAGAAGAAACUCCAGGAUCGAAAAAUCGGAUCCACUUCACUUAUCGACGCUUGCGGGCAACAUGUAAAUCCAAUGACAGUCGCAAUGAAGCUGUUCCAGUAGACAAUAAAUGAACAAAGAUCGUCGCUUCUUGCAUCUUUGCAAGGGCGUCGAGGACUUAGCGAGGGUGUCUGACAAUCCGUUUUAAUAUUCAUACACGUAUACAUCUCUACUGCUGCGGAAAAUAUGUCCGGAUUAAUCAGAUAUCUCUGCGUUAAAAGAAAAAUCGCAUCGAUGACGCGAGAAAAGAAGCGCCAUCGGAAGAUGAAAGGAUCCGCAGCCGCGAUUCGUCUUCAGAGUAUACUUUAUACAUGUGUAGAUAAAGACUAAUAUAGACAGAGAUAUGUGUGUGUGUAUGUAGGUAACAAGUUCUCGACGACUAUAUCAGCCAAACGAGGAGGGAGGUGAGUCUGUAAAUACAAGUCUAUAUAGCUAAUUCUAUCUUGCAUUAAUCUCGAGAUUUGCCGGAGUAUGUUAAACGCGUAAUAUACAUAUAAGUGUUUGCCUGUAAGUAAAUAACGCCUGCAAGAUAUUUAGAUUUUAGCCGCUAGCGGACCGGAAGCAUCGUUUUACCGUAGUUACCACAAAUGACAUGUUACUCGAAAAAAUGUAUAGACCGAAGAUACAUCCAAUAAAUAAGAUAAUUGA